AAUAAUAUUAUGUAUAAUUUUAUUCACUGACUUUUUAAAUCCUUGCAGGUCUCCAAGGAAAAUAAAGUUAAAGUAAAAUAAAACAAAAAUAAGAAAAGUAUGUCGAUGACAUCAAGUUUUUCUCUCUACAGCAAAAAGUGUAAAUAUGAAUUAAUACAAUGAGAAUAAAAAUUAGCUGCUGAAACUCUUUAUAACUUUAUACUUUAAAACAAGUCCAUGUUUAAUUUCAUCUUUUCUGCAGACAAAGAUUUCACAUGUUGGUGACGCUGCUGUUUGAAAAGUGCUGAAUCAACAGAGAAGAAGUUUGUGUCCUGACAUUUCAAACAGAAACAAGAGACGCUUUCAAAUCAUUCUAAAUAUAAUGUGUGUGUGUGUGUGUGUGUGUGUGAUGUAACCUGUGAAUAAUUAGCCAUCAGAGUGUGUAAUCACUUUAUCUGGGUUCAAAGGUCAGAACACAUGGUCCCUCCCCUCGCUGGCUAGACCCGCCUCCUCUCUCAGUCACAGAGUCAGAGAUAACCAGUUCACACGUUGAUCGGUGCUGAGAGUUCCGGCUGAUACCCGUGCACCUGAACGCAGCAGCGGCUCCACACUUCUUCAUCGAUAACAAACAUGAGCGACCCCCCCAGCGGCUCCGGUCCCGGCUCCGGUCCCGGUCCCGGCUCCGGUCCACAGACCCGCUCCGACCCGCUCCUCUUCUUCGUUAACGGAAAGAAGGUCGUGGAGAAGGACGCGGAUCCUGAGAUGACCCUGCUGACCUACCUGAGGCGGAAACUGGGUUUAACAGGAACAAAGCUGGGCUGUGCUGAGGGGGGGUGUGGAGCCUGUACCGUCAUGUUGUCCAGAUACCAACCACACACUCAUCAGCUGCUUCACUACGCCGUCAACGCCUGUCUCGCCCCCCUGUGCUCCCUGCACCUGGUCGCCGUGACAACCGUGGAGGGCAUCGGCAGCGUGGCCCAAAAACUACAUCCUGUCCAGGAGCGAAUAGCGAGGGCUCAUGGUUCCCAGUGUGGGUUCUGUACCCCGGGAAUCGUCAUGUCCAUGUACGCUCUGCUGAGAAACAACCCCACGCCCAGAAUGACUGAGGUGGAGGAGGCCUUCCAAGGGAAUCUGUGCCGAUGCACCGGGUACAGACCCAUCCUGGAGGGAUACAAGACCUUGACAGUGGAGGGCGGGUGCUGUGGCGGCCGAGGGCGGGACGGCUGCUGCAUGACCAAUGAAAACGGAGCAGAGAGAAGCUCAGAGGAGGCCGUGGAUGAAGCCACGCCUCUUUUUAAUACUUCCGACUUUGCACCUUUGGAUCCAACACAGGAAAUCAUUUUCCCUCCUGAACUCAUGUCUCUCACCAAAGGUCAGAAGUCGCGCUCGCUGUGUUUCCAUGGUAACCGGGUGACGUGGCUGCAGCCCGACAGUCUAGAAGAGUUUCUGCUUCUGAAGUGGAAAAAUCCAGAAGCCAGAGUCGUGACAGGAAACACUGAAGUGGGUAUUGAGGUGAAGUUUAAGAACUUGCUGUAUCCAGUCAUCUUGUGUCCGUCCUUCGUCUCUGAGCUGAACUCAGUGACUCACACUGAUGAUGGUGUCGUGUUCGGUGCAUCGUGCACACUUAGCCACAUGGGGGCGGUACUGAAGCAGGCGGUGGAGACUCUUCCUCCUCAUCAGACUGAAGUCUUCCUCGCCGUCCUGGAGCAGCUACGCUGGUUCGCUGGAAAGCAAAUACGCAAUGUGGCGGCUGUCGGAGGAAACAUCAUGACUGCAAGUCCCAUAUCUGACCUCAACCCUGUGUUCAUGGUAGCAGGCUGCAAACUCACACUCAUGGACAAGGAUGGCAGUCGCGUGGUUCAGAUGGACGACAGUUUCUUCACAGGCUACAGGAGGACGAUUCUGCGACCACAGGAGGUCCUGGUCUCCAUAGAGAUCCCAUACAGUCAGAGGACUCAGUUCGUCUCGGCCUUCAAACAGUCACCUCGCCGCGAGGAUGACAUCAGCAUUGUUACUGCUGCGAUGAGUGUCACCUUCACUCCUGGAACUAACGUUGUCCAGGACCUGAGGCUGAGCUAUGGCGGCAUGGCGGCGACCACGGUGCUGACUACGAAGACGGCAAACAGACUUGUGGGAAGGUGCUGGGAGGAGGAGCUUCUUCAGGUGGCCUGCUCCUCACUGGCUGAGGAGAUGACCCUCGACCCCUCUGCGCCAGGCGGCAUGGUGACGUACCGGCGAACUCUGACCCUCAGCCUCUUCUACAAGUUCUACCUGACGGUGCUGCAGAAGCUCCGGCAGCAGGGUGUGAAUGUGGACGAGGUUCAUUCAGACUGUUUGAGCGCCACUGAGAUUUAUCACCCAGCGACGCCAUCUAGUGUUCAAAUCUACCAGGCAGUGCCAGAGGGGCAGAGCCUGGACGACGUGGUGGGCCGUCCCAUGAUGCACCUGUCGGCCAUGAAGCAGGCGACAGGUGAGGCGGUGUACUGCGACGACAUCCCGCUGUACGAGAACGAGCUCUACCUGUCACUCAUCACCAGCACCAAAGCUCACGCUCGCAUCAUCUCUAUAGACACAUCCGCCGCUGAGUCUUCUCCCGGCGUCGUCUGUUGCGUGUUUGCUGACGACAUCCCCGGAUCUAACGUCUCUGGAGUCAUCGUGUGCGAUGAGACCGUCCUCGCUGACCAGCAGGUGACAUGUGUGGGUCACAUCAUCGGAGCCGUGGUGGCCGACACUCAGCUCCGCGCUCAGCGAGCCGCCAAGGCCGUGAAGAUCGAGUAUGAGGAGCUGCAGCCCAUCGUCACCAUCCAGGGGGCCAUCGCUGCCCGGUCCUUCUACGAGCCAAUCAGAAGCAUCCAGAAGGGAGAAUUGGAGGCGGGGUUUAAACAGGCCGACCACAUCCUGGAGGGUGAGAUCCACGUGGGGGGUCAGGAACAUUUCUACCUGGAGACCAACGUCACGCUGGCCGUUCCCCGAGGAGAAGACGAUGAGAUGGAGCUCUUCGUUUCCACUCAGGCUCCGACCAAGACGCAGUCUCUGGUGGCGAAGGCGUUGGGCGUCCCCGCCAACAGGGUGCUGGUGCGGGUGAAGAGGAUGGGCGGAGGCUUCGGGGGGAAGGAGAGCAGAACCACCGUGUUGUCCACUGUGGUCGCCGUGGCAGCGAACAAGCUGAAGAGGCCGGUGAGGUGCAUGUUGGACAGAGACGAGGACAUGUUGAUCACUGGAGGGAGACACCCCUUCUAUGGGAAGUACAAGGUGGGUUUCCUCAGCAGUGGUAAGGUCGUGGCUCUGGAUGUGUCGUACUACAGCAACGCAGGAAACUCCUUGGACCUGUCUCUGUCCGUCUUGGAGCGCGCUUUGUUCCACAUGGAGAACUCGUACAGUGUGGCCAACAUUCGCGGCCGAGGCUUCUGUUGCCGCACCAACCUGCCGUCCAACACCGCGUUCAGAGGCUUUGGAGGGCCGCAGGGCAUGAUGGUCGCUGAGAGCUGGAUGACGGACGUGGCUCAGGCGGUGGGGCGGCCGGCCGAGGAGGUGCGUCGGUUGAACCUGUUCGUGGAAGGGCAGGCGACCGCCUACAACCAGGUCCUGGAGAGCUGCUCUCUGGACCGCUGCUGGGACGAGUGCCUGUCACGGUCUGAUUACCAACAACGCCGAGCAGCCAUCGACUGCUACAACAGACAGAACCGAUGGACCAAACGAGGCCUCGCCAUCAUCCCCACCACGUUUGGUAUCAGCUUCACGGCUGUUUUCCUCAACCAGGCUGGAGCUCUGGUUCACGUCUACACCGACGGUUCAGUGUUGUUGACUCACGGUGGGACGGAGAUGGGACAGGGUCUCCACACCAAGAUGGUGCAGGUCGCCAGCAGAGUUCUGGGUAUCUCCUGUUCAAAGAUCCACAUCUCAGAGACCAGCACCAACACAGUCCCCAACACCAGCCCCACCGCCGCCUCCGCCUCCUCCGACCUCAACGGAGCCGCCGUGCAGAACGCCUGCGACAUCAUCACGAAGCGUCUGGAGCCGUACAAGACCAAGAACCCCGAAGGUUCGUGGGAGGACUGGGUAAAAGCUGCGUAUUUCGACCGAGUCAACCUCAGUACUAACGGAUUUUACAAGACUCCAGACCUCGGUUACGACUUUGGAACAAACUCCGGCCGAGCGUUCAACUACCACAGCUACGGAGUCGCGUGUUCCGAGGUGGAGAUCGACUGUCUCACCGGAGCUCACAAGAACCUGAGCACCACCAUCGUGAUGGACGUUGGUCACAGUCUCAACCCCGCUAUCGACAUCGGACAGGUGGAGGGGGCAUUUGUUCAGGGUCUGGGUCUCUUCACGCUGGAGGAGCUCCAUUAUUCCCCAGGGGGCGUCCUCCUCACUCGAGGGCCCGGUUCCUAUAAGAUCCCAGGCUUCGGCGACAUUCCCACUGACUUCACCGUCUCGCUGCUCCGGGACGCAUCAAACGACAAAGCCAUCUUUGCCUCCAAGGCCGUGGGCGAGCCUCCUCUUUUCCUGGCGUCAUCGGUUUUCUACGCCCUCAAAGACGCCAUCAGUGCCGCCCGGGCGGAGUCAGGCAUCAGCGGUCCGUUCAGGCUGGACAGCCCCGCCUCUGGCGAGAGGAUCCGCAACGCCUGCAGCGACCGCUUCACCACACUGUGCGGCCCUCCUGCUGAACGUGGAACCUUCAGCCCCUGGUCCGUCCAGGUCUAAGACGCUCGACCAGAGAGAGAGAAGAUGAUCAAACUUUGUUGAUUCGUCAACAGUGAAUCUCACACUGCAUAAAAUAAACAUUAUAUAUAUAUAUAUAUAUAUCUAUAUGAACAACAGUUGAUUAUAUGUGUCAGGGAAACAAUCCUACGCUGUAAAACAUGUCAUUUAAUAUCAGAUCAAAUGAUUUUAAAAUCAAACACAGAAACAGAAACUUUUCCUCCGUUUAUUAAGAAUCUUAAUUAUUAUAUCUGUAUAUAAUUGAAUCUGUUUAGUUGUAAUUUCAUGUAAUCAUUUGAUCUCCUCCACAUAUAUAACAAUGAUAAUUAUUGUGUGUAGAUAAUUAAAGUGAAUUUAAAUCUCGA